GUUCCUACCAACAAAACCAGAAACAACAAUUCGUAGGAAAAGGAAUUCCCUGGUUGGAACACUGCCAGUUUUUCUUUUCCCCGCCAAAGAAGUAAACCAAAAGAUUUAAUCAAUGUUAUCUCACUCUCUGUUUCACUACUCACCCCCUUCAAUCAGCAAACCCAAGUCCCCAAUUUUAUUCUUUAAAUCCCAGUUUCCCCCUCUUAAUCCCUAUCAAAAUCGAGUUUUCCCUCACUUUUUCACCAAAAGAAUUUCUGGGUAUCCAAUAAAAUCUCCUGCCUUUUCUUCUUCUUCUUUGGGGGACGAGUUUGACGUAGAAUUAGGCAGUCUUUUGGCACUGUUGCCAGAGGAGAUGAGAAGGAAAAUCAGUGAACAUGAAGAACUAAGAGAGUUGAUUGAAGUGGUUAUGGAUAUAGGGAGGAAACCUUUGGCUAGAUUUCCUUCUGGGGAUUUUGAAUUAUCUGAUUGCCCGAUCACAGUUCAGGAUAUUGAGCACGCUACUUCACAGGUUGGGGACUUUGCCAUCGAUAACCGAGCAGGCAUCAGUCUAACAUUACAUCGCAUUAGUGCAAUCAGGAACCGAAAAGGAGCAAUUAUUGGUUUAACUUGUCGUGUUGGUAGGGCAAUAUCAGGCAGUGCUGAUUUAUUGAGAGAUUUAGUUCAAGAUGGGGCUUCUUUACUUCUCAUUGGUCCUCCGGGGGUGGGUAAAACAACCAUUAUUAGGGAUAUAGCAAGGAUGCUUGCAAAUGAUUACAAGAAACGUGUGAUGAUUGUUGACACCUCCAAUGAGAUAGGUGGGGAUGGUGAUAUACCUCAUGCUGGAAUUGGUAACGCGCGGAGAAUGCAAGUCCCCGACUCUGAUAUGCAACAUAAGGUAUUGAUAGAAGCAGUUGAAAAUCAUAUGCCACAAGUUAUCGUGAUUGAUGAAAUUGGGACAAAACUUGAGGCAAUGGCUGCAUGCACAAUUGCACAACGUGGAAUUCAGCUAGUUGCUACUGCUCAUGGAGUAACCAUUGAGAACUUGAUUAUGAAUCCUUCGUUGGAGAUCCUUAUCGGUGGAAUACAGAGUGUGACUCUAGGGGAUGAAGAAGCAAACCGAAGGGGUGUGCAGAAGACUGUGCUGGAGAGGAAAGGGCCAUCAACAUUUAGUUGUGGUGUAGAGAUUGUUUCUAAGACUGAGUUACGUGUUCAUCGUUGCCUUGAAGCAACAGUUGAUGCUGUUCUUUCCGGUCGUUUUCCACGUGUUGAAAUCCGCAAGAUGAAUUCUCGGAGUCUGGAACAGAUCUCUCAGACUUUUACCGAGGUCCCCUCCUGCACAGAAGAUUCAGUAGUCACUGGAGAUCUUUUAGAGGCUAGCGAUCAGAACAUUGUCGGUAAUCAUUUCCCUUCUGAGCUUUCAUCAAACACGGCUGACGAUUCAUUGGAAGACAGGGAUUUACUUUGUAUGUAUGUCUACGGGAUCCAGGAGGCGAGUGUGAUACAAGGACUUGAGAAGUUAAAAAUGGAUGCCGCAGUUCGAUUAACCGAUAAUAUCAGUGAGGCAGAUGUACUAUUUGCUCUGCUUUCGAAGCUCAGGAAGAACUCCGGUAUUCAGGCUGCAGCAAAAUCGCAUCGCAUACCCGUCUAUGUGGCGAAGACAAGCUCAUCGAUGCAGAUAACAAAUGCCUUAGAGUUACUAAAAGAUGAUUAUCCUGGGGGAUUGAAGAAUCCCGGAUCAGAAGAUGAUAUCAAUAUUCUGGAGAAGCUUGAUGCCUUGGAGGAAGCAAGAAUAGCCAUUGAACAAGUAGUAAUCCCGAGAGCCGAAUCCGUCGAACUACUUCCGAGGCCGCCACAGAUUGUAUCUCUACAGAUCGAGCUCAUUCAAAAAUACCAACUUCAGUCGGAGAAAGUCGGCAAAGGUUCAGAUGUACGGUUACGUAUUCUCCCAUUUCAAUCGGUAAAAGACGACAGCGAUAGCUCCGGUGAGGAUGUUGAUGCGAACGAGUAUGAAAAUUUAGAUAACUACGGCGCAAAUGGUUCCUCAUACAGCGUGGAUAGGUUGCCUUUUCUGCCUGAUUAGUCAUUCACUGUGUUAUAAUUUCCAAAUCUCGUGCUUAAUUAUGUAUAUAUUUAUUACCUUAUCUAUACAGAGGUAUUAGGGUUUGUGGAUAGUCUUU